AUGUUCUCUCUCUUGGUGUCACUCCGCACGGAGACGCUGCAGAGUUUCUCCAGCGAUUCCUUUCAGAAAUGCUCUCUCUUUGCUUCGGCCUCCCCCCCCCCCCACCCCCCACCGACCCCCCACACCAAACCCCCGCACGCCGAGCGGAGUUGGGCUCACGUGGGAGUGAUGGUGGAGUUUGCGGUGGCUCUGAUGGGGAAGCUGGACUUCAUCAACAAACACUCCUUCAACAACUUCAGGCUGAGGAUCGGGAUUAACCACGGCCCCGUCGUUGCCGGGGUGAUCGGCGCCCAGAAACCCCAGUACGACAUCUGGGGCAACAGCGUCAAUGUGGCCAGCAGGAUGGACAGCACGGGGGUCCUGGGAAAGAUACAGGUGACGGAGGAGACCAGCCACGUUCUCAGCCGCCUGGGCUAUACGUGCCACAUGCGGGGGGUUAUCGAGGUGAAAGGCAAGGGCGAGCUGCGUACCUACUUCGUCUCCACUGACCUGGCUCGAUCCAGCUCCCAGGGGAACAUGCUCAACUGAGGACCAGCUCCACUCACUGGAAUUGCUCCCCCCGCCAACCCCACCCACACCUCGGGCUUUUCGUGUUUGGUGGGAGUCCGUGUACAGGGAGCUUUACUCUGUAUCUAACCCCAUGUUGUCCCUGUCCCUGGGGAAUGUUUGAUGGGGGUGACAGUGUAAAGGGAGCCUUACUCUGUAUCU